GAUAUAUGUAUGAGGUCAUCCAAAGCACGUUGAUACUUCAACAUUGUUGGAGGUGUAAGCGCAAAUUAUUAGCGGAACGAAGUUCGUUAUAACACUUGCAUAUAACUUGAAAUUUACACAUAAAACUAAUUUUAAGCUAUAAAUAACACGUGUACGCAUUUAUAAUCUAUUUUAAGAAAUAAACUAAUUUUAAAUAUUGCAUAAUCUACUGCCUAUAAUGUGAUAGUUACUGCGUAUAUAUAUAAAAUUUUUGCAUGUUAAAAGGAUAAAUUAACUGAAAAACAAAGAAUUUAUUUUUAUACAUAACAAAAGUUAUGUAAAUUAUUAGAAAACACAAUAAGAAAUAAAAUAUUGAUAAAUUAUAACUUAUUAAUUAUUUAAUAAAAUGGAAGACAAAUGCGAAGAUAGUAAGCGCCCUAAAAUAAACUGGCCAUAUAUGACCAUAAGUUCAUUGACCAUAUCAUUUUUAACCAAGUUGGCAACUGCUGGUAUUAUUUGGGGAUGGGGAUAUCUAAAUUUAAAUAUGGCUUGGUUAAUUGCACCAAUUGCUUUGGCAGCAUGGAAACAAGAACGUAGAAAAGAUAAUGAGUUAAGAGUAAUUACUGCACAAGCCACUGUAAUGGCCAAAGAAAAAGAAUUAAUAAUUGAUCGAUUAAAUGAACUACCUUCCUGGGUUUACUUUCCUGAUUUUGAUAGGGCUGAAUGGUUGAAUAAAGUUUUAUAUAAAGUCUGGCCAAGCAUUAAUCAAUUUUCUCGUGAACUUUGUAAGCAAACUAUAGAGCCUGCUAUUGUUGAGAAACUGGCAGAGUAUAAAGUAAAAGGGUUUCAAUUUGAAAGAUUAGUUUUGGGACGCAUUCCCUUAAAAAUUUAUGGAAUUAAAGCAUAUGAUAAAAACACCUCAAGAAAUGAAGUUAUUAUAGAUGCUGACCUUAUGUAUGCAGGGGAUUGUGAUAUUACGUUUUCUGUUGGAAAUAUAAAAGGUGGCAUUAAAGAUUUUCAGAUACGUGGAAUGAUGAGAAUAGUUUUGAAACCAUUAUUAUCUGCAAUGCCAAUAGUUGGAGGUGUUCAAGCAUUUUUCCUAAACCCCCCAGCUAUUAACUUUAACCUGGUGGGAAUAGCAGAUGUUCUUGAUUUACCCGGAUUUAAUGAGAUUUUAAGGAAAACAAUAGUUGAACAAAUAGGAGCUUUUGUAGUAUUACCAAAUAAAAUUGUUAUCCCAUUAAGCGACUCAGUACCAGUUGAAUCAUUAAAAAUACCAGAGCCUGAAGGCGUUUUAAGAAUUCAUGUAGUAGAAGCAAAGCAUCUCAUGAAGAAAGAUAUUGGAGUGUUGGGUAAAGGUAAAUCCGAUCCGUAUGCUGUUAUAAAUGUUGGAGCACAAGAAUUUAGAACAAAAACGAUCGAUAAUACUGUAAAUCCAAAAUGGGAUUUCUGGUGUGAGUGUGCUGUGAUGUCGGCCAUUGCUCAACAAAUUACUGUGCUGCUGUGGGACUAUGAUGAUACUAAGGGUGAUGAAAGUCUUGGAAGGGCUACAAUUGAAGUCAGUAGAGUAAAGAAGAAAGGAAAUAUUGAUACAUGGGUGUCAUUAGAACAAGCUAAACAUGGAAUGGUUCAUUUAAGAUUAACAUGGUUUCAACUUUCAAAAAAUGUUGCUGAUCUAAAAACUGCUCUAAUUGAAACACAAGAACUUCGUGUAACAUCAAUGAGUACAGCUCUUCUCAUUCUUUAUAUUGAUUCAGCUAAGAAUUUACCAUGUAUUCGAGGAAGUAAACAACCAGAUGUUUAUCUUGAAGCAAGUGUUGGUGGAAGCACAAAAAGAACAGCUACCAUGCUACGUUCUUGUGAUCCAAUAUGGGAACAAGGUUUUACCUUUUUAGUUAGUAAUCCAGAAACUGGAAUUUUGCACAUAAAGAUUACAGAUGAAAAAACUGGUCUUAUAAUAGGAGAAAUGAGUUACAAUAUCUCGUUGCUUCUGAAAGAGAACAAUCUAGAACUUUCACUGCAGCCUUUCGAUUUGCAAAUGGCUGAAGCGGACAGCAAAUUAAUACUUUCUAUGUCAUUAAAUAUUUUAAAAUAUGAGGAACCUGAAUCUACUCCAGAAGAAGAUGAUGAUGAUCAUGACAUUAAUCAAUUGAAUAAAAGGAUUGAACGCCAGGAAUCGAAUAUUAGUAAUAUAUCGUCUAGAACUGUUCCACCUAGUCCACUGAAAAAACAACCUUCAAAAGAAUCCGUCAAUAGCGCAAUGCAUAGUACUGGAUCAGAUACAGCAGCUGGACUGGAAGAUCAGGUUCUAGGAGAGGAGGAAUUAAUUGUCGCUGACGUUAAUGCACCCCUUAAUGAAAGUCCAAAGUUAACUCAUAGAAAUUCAGCUAUUACAUUAUCUGCUGGUGAAUCCAAGCUAGGUCGAAUACAGUUAUCAUUACGUUACAGUGUACAAAGGCAAAAGCUCAUCGUUGUAGUGCAUAAAAUAGCAAAUUUACCUCUACCACAAAAUGAUGUACAUAAUAUACCGGAUCCGUAUGUGAAGUUAUACCUUCUUCCUGAUCGCUAUAAGGAAACUAAACGUAAAACAGCAGUAAUGAAAGAUAAUUGUAACCCAGUGUUUGAUGAACAAUUCGAGUACAUCGUUUCUCAAGCUGAUCUGAAUUCCCGCACAUUAGAAGUGACUGUAUGUACCCAAAAGGGCUGGUUAUCGACUGGAAGCAACGUUAUGGGCCAAGUACAUUUAAAUUUAAGCGAAAUUGAUGUCACAAAGUCGUUUACAAGUUGGUACGAUUUGCAACCAGAGACUAAGGACUAGAAAAUAAGGAAAGGCAAGUGGAAAUUCGAGCAAUUCUUUACGUGUUUUCGAAAACAGUCUGUUGAAUUUCCACCGUGCGUUUCAAAGCGUUGAUUGAACAUUACGAUCUGAUGGGAUAAUACAUGACAGAUGCUUGAAGCUGAAGAUACUUAAAAAUGUUCCGAACUAUUUGAUACUUUAGUCAAUACAAGUUGACAAAAGAAGGACAAUGACAUGUAUCUUUUUGCACUUGGACCGUCCACUACUAAAAGAAAGUGCUUUUAGUAGUAAAAUUUGAUUUAUGUAUAACUUUAUUUUUAUUUUAUACUAUGUAUACUUCUGAAAUAUUUUCAGUGAUACCAAAUGUCUACUUCACUAUUAGUAUUUAGUACGUGUUACAUUUAUGAUCUGCACAAUAUCAAAAUCGCUUUUGAUAACA